AUGAAUCCUUAUAAAGAGAAUGCAAAAUUAUCUUUAGAUUAAUUGAUAGAAAAGAGAGUAAGUCAAUAAUAUUAUUAAGUAAGUGUGGAACAGGGAGAUAUUAAGUUUUAGCAUUAUCAAUCUUGGUUUUUAUAGAUUUAAAUGAUGGAUGUGAGUUAAUUUUAAUGAGUUUUUUAAUGCCUAUCCUAAAAUCUGAAUGGCAAUUAACAAGUUUAUAAAUCUAAGUCUUAACCAGUAUUUUUUAUUUAGGUAGAGUCUUCUAUUUCAAAAUAGAUAAGGAAUGGUAUUAGGUUCAUUAUUGACUGGAUUUGUUGCAGAUCGAAAAGGUAGAUUUAAAUGUAUUUACUUAUCUUGCUUAAUAUAAUUUUUUAUGGCAAACAGUUUUUUGCUUUGUACAAAUUUUUAUCAUAUGAUUUUUGCAAGAUUUGGAUAUGGUUUUGUUUAUGGUAUUUUGUACAAUUAAUUGAUAAGGAUUUUCAAUUCCUUUAACUACAACUAUGAUAUCUGAAAUUACAGCACCUGAUGUAAGAGGAAGAUUUUUAAUUGUUAUUAAUUUCUUUGUAUCUGUUGGUAAAAUUUAUGCAUUUUUAUUGGCAUUUUUAUGUCUUGAGAAUUUCAAUUAAGGAAAUUGGAGAUUUAUGAUGUGUUUAAGUUCAACAACUUCAUUAAUAGUUGGAAUUUUAGCAUGGAUUUAUUUAAUGGAGAGUCCUAGAUAUUUAAUGGGUAAUGGUUAAGUAAUAGAGGGUUUAAAUAUUAUUGAAGAAAUAAUUCAUAAAAAUUAAAAUAAUACAGGAAUAAUAAGUAAGUUAUUUAAGAGUGUAUAACCAGAAGUAUCAUCAGAUCCAUUUAAAGGAUCAAAGUAAGAUUAUAAAUUAUUCUAUUAAGAUAUGGAUAUAUUUCAGUCUAAGAGAGAAUAGCAAUAGAAAAAUGGGUAAUUAAAGUGUUUCGUUCUCAAAAAAAGGGAACACUGAUAGAAUUAUUUAAUAAAAAUAAUAAAAGUACAACCAUUAGAUUAUGGAUUAUAUGGUUUUGUAUUAAUUUUGUAAUUUAUUUUUAUAAAAUAUAUUAGAUGUAUUAUGGAUAGUUAUUAAUUCUACCAUUUAUUUUAGGAUCUAAAUAAAAAACAUUUGUUGACUAUCUAACUACUGUUUUAGGUGAAAUUCCAUCAAUCAUCCUAUCAUUGUUAAUAGUAGAAAUACCUUUUCUAGGGAGAAAGAACACAAUGACUAUCUCAUUUUUUUGUGCAACUAUAAUGCAUGUCUGGUCUUAUUAUGCUUCUUGGCCAUAUUUUUUUGCUCGUUUCUUUAUGAAAGAAUGUUGGGCUAUGCUUUAUCCUUAUUCUACUGAAAUAUUUCAUACUUCUAAUAGAACUUUGGGAUUUGGUAGUAGUGCUGCAGUUGGAAGGAUUGGUGCUGCCAUUUCUCCUUAUAUUUUAAUACCAUUAUUUGAGUAAGAAGCUCAUUUACCCUUUUUGGCUUUUGCUAUAAGUUCUGUUAUUUCUACAUUAUCUACAUUCACAUUACCUUAUGAUACAGUUGGUAAAUCAUUAGAUUUUUAGAAGUAAAUACAAUUUAAUUGAUAUAGUUCUGAUGGAGAAGUUGAGAGUAAUAAAGAGGAUGAAAUUAAAGAAAUUAUGAUGGUUUUAAUUGAAAAAAAAAAUUAGAACUGA